AUGGCCAAGUUUCUUGCCUUGAUUGCUCUUGAACUUGAUGUUCAUGAAGUUUGCUUCACCAACUCUCAUGGACAAUACCACCCAAGUGAUGUUGUUUUGGAUGGUAAUGAAGAAUUUCUUGUUUUGGUGUUUGAUCAAGCACUUGGUGUUGGUGAAGGAGUUUUGGGGAUUGGGUUUUCUGCAGUCCUUAAUGCGCACUUGAAAGGCUUCUAUAAAUUCACUUACUUGGAUGGAGGAGAGAAAAAGAAUAUGGCUGUCACUCAAUUUGAACCUGUGGAUGCAAGGCGAUGCUUCCCAUGUUGGGAUGAACCUGCGCUCAAGGCCAACUUCAAGAUUGCAGUAGAUGUACCAUCAGAGCUGACAGCUUUGUCCAAUAUGCCAAUUAUCAGUGAAAAGCUUGAUGCAAAUGUCAAGACUGUUUAUUUUGAGGAAUCUGCUAUUAUGUCAACUUAUUUAGUAGCUGUUGUUGUUGGCCUAUUUGAACAUAUUGAAGAUACAACAUCUGAUGGGGUAAAGGUUCGUGCAUAUUGCCCUGUUGGGAAGAGUGACAAAGGGGAGUUUGCUUUAAAUCUUGCUGUUAAGACGCUUGAUCUUUUCUCCAAAUACUUCUCAACGCCUUACUCACUUCCCAAACUUGAUAUGGUUGCGGUUCCUGAAUUUUCUGGUGGGGCCAUGGAGAAUUAUGGUUUGAUCACAUACCGGGAAAAUGAAAUGCUUUAUGAUCAUUUGCAUUCCACAACAGCAAGGAAGCAAAGAAUGGCAAUUGUUGUAGCACAUGAAGUAGCACAUCAGUGGUUCGGCAAUCUGGUAACAAUGGAAUGGUGGACUGAUUUAUGGCUUAAUGAGGGUUUUGCGACUUGGGUAAGUUUCAUGGCCACUGAUAUUUUAUUUCCUGAGUGGAAAAUAUGGUCUCAAUUUCUUCAACAAACUACUGGUGGCCUAGUCAAGGAUGCACUGGAACAAUCGCAUCCAAUUGAGGUGGAGAUAGACCAUGCUCGUUCAAUUCUUGAGGUUUUUGAUGAUAUCAGCUAUAAAAAGGGAUCUGCUGUUAUUCGAAUGCUGCAGAGUUAUCUUGGGGAUGACAUAUUCCAGAAAUCGUUAAGUUCCUACAUAAAAAGAUAUUCUGGAAAAAAUGCGAAGACGGAAGAUUUAUGGAGUGUUCUUUCGGAGGAAUCUGGUGUCAAAGUCAGCGAAAUGAUGUAUGCUUGGACAAAGAAAAAAGGAUAUCCUGUUAUAUCUGUAAAAGCCAAGGAGCAUAUUUUGGAAUUUGAGCAGACACAAUUCCUGUCAUCCGGUUUGCAAGGUGAUGGGAAUUGGAUUGUUCCAAUAAAUUUUUCACUUGGUUCGUACGACAGACACAAGAGUUUCCUUUUGGAAACAAAGUCCAGAGAAGUGGACAUUUCAGAUCUUGUUGAUUCCUUUGAUAAUGAACAACUGUGGGUGAAGAUUAAUAUCGACCGGAGUGGUUUCUAUAGGGUCAAUUAUGAAGAUAAGCUUGCAGCUCGACUUAGGAAGGCUAUUGAGCAUAAUAGCUUGGAAGCAACAGACAAGUUCGGCAUUCUGGAUGAUGCAUAUGCUCUCUGUGAAGCCUGUGAACAAUCACUUUCCUCUUUGCUUUCCUUGAUGGAUGUAUACAGAAGAGAAGUUGAUUAUAUUGUCUUAACAAAUUUGAUCGACGUUUGUUAUAAAGUCGUCAAAAUCUCAAGUGAGGCCAUCCCAGAUUCAGCAAAUGAUUUGAAACAAUUUUUCAUCAAUCUCCUUCGGUUUCCAGCAGCAAAACUAGGUUGGGAUUCAAUACCUGGAGAGGAUCAUUCCAGUGCACUUCUGAGAGCAGAAAUCUUGCAGGCCUUGGUUAUCUUUGGCCACGAUCAAACUCAGAAAGAAGCAUUAGACCGUUUUCAGACAUUAUUGAAUGAUAGAAACACUCCACUUCUUUCAGCUGACACAAAAGGGGCUGCAUACAUUGCCGUGAUGAGGACCGCUAGCAUCUCAAAUAGGAAAGAUUUUGAGUCUCUUUUAAAUGUUUACAGAGAAGCCAAUACAGUGCAAGAGAAGGAAAGGAUUCUACGUUUUUUGGCAUCUUCUCCGGACCCGGAUACAGUUCUUGAGGUUCUUAACUUUUUCUUAUCGGAUGAGGUUCGAGAUCAGGAUAUUAUAUAUGGACUUUUUGGUAUAAGCUUAGAAUGCCGUGAAAUAGCAUGGAUAUGGUUGAAGGAGAACUGGGACCUGAUUUUGAGCAAAUAUGGUGCUGGACUGCUACUCACCCAUUUUGUACGAGACAUUGUGACACUGUUAUGUAGCAAUGAAAAGGCUGAUGAGGUUGAAGAAUUUUUCGCGAGCCGUGUGCAUCCUGCGAUUUCUAUGACUUUGAAGCAAAGCAUUGCGCAGGUCCGAAUCAAGGCGAGGUGGGUUGAACAUGUAAGGCAACAACAAUCUGUGCAAGAGCUAGUCAAAGAAUUAGCAUGCAAGAAAUGA